AUGGCCCACACAGGCCCUGGGCGCCAGCCGAGGCCUGGCGAUAUUCUACUCGUGAGACAUAAUUUCGAUGCUCGCGGUGAUGACGAAUUGACUUUGCGACCCGGGGAUAAGAUCGAAUUGAUUGAGCUGGACGAGGGCUUCGGCGACGGAUGGUAUCUGGGGAAGCAUACUGUCAAUGGGAGAACCGGACUCUUUCCAGGAGUCUACACCACCUUGCCUCCCAGGCUGGCCGUGCGACGCCCAGACACGUCCUCUUCCGCCAAUUCAGACUCUCCGAGCACCGAUAGUAGUACCCGGUCUCCCCUUCCAGAAAGCGACAGUGCCGACGCGACAACCAUGUCGCCUUCUGAAAUCGAAGGAAAGAAUGAGACCACCCCGCAGGCUUCAAGACAGACCAGUGUUUCAGACUUCCACCACCAUGCCGAGGCCGACGCUGAAACCGAGAUUGAGGCCGGCUCCGUGGCAUCGCACGAGGCGGAUUCGCCAGUGCUGAAACAACCCCAGCGCUCAGCUUCCAGCCCGCUACCUGCUUCACCACCGCUUGCCACCAACAUCCAGCGCACCAUCACCCAAACAUUUGCUAAUCAUCUGAAAGCUGGCGACAGUCCUGUCAUGAACGAAACUCUGAGCGUCAUUGAUGAGCAUAUCACCGACCUUAGCACGCCUCGCCACAGUAUCACCCAAGAGUCCAAAACAAUCACUGAUUCUGGAAGUGAGUACAGCAGCCACAUCGGCCGUCGCCUCUCCUAUAUCAACGGCCAUGAAACCGACGAGGAAGAGGAGGCCGGCUUUCCAACCGAGGAGGAAGUCCGCAGAUGGGACCACGCCGAAACAGCUCGGCAGCUGCGGAGCAUUGGCAUCGAUGGCCGCCAUUGCGAUAUCUUCCAAGAACAGGAGAUCACCGGCGACGUCUUGCUGGAGAUGGGCCAGGAAUUCUUAUUGAUGAAAGAAUUUGACUUUGGCGUCAUGGGAAGACGAUUGAAGACAUGGCAUCGAAUCAAGGCUUUCCAAGAGCAAGUCAAAGGCAUCAAAUUGCAAUCGCGAAGUUCCAUGUCCAGUUACUAUCCCGGUGACGAGUCGGAGCGAUCUACCAGUCGUGCCAGCCACGCCGCAACCUUCCUACCCAGAAUCCCCAGUCUCUCAGCCGACCAGCGACCUCCAUCACGAGGAGUCACGAAUACUGUGCCGAUCCCCACCAGGAGAAUGCCAUCGCUCCUUCAACAACACAGUCCCGGAUCGGGCCAACACGAUUUAUCAAAUCGCCCAUCCGCCGCGUCCAUUCGUGACUUGAACCACUCUCGUCGCCAUUCAUCCAUAGAUUCUACCAAUCGUUCGCCCGCACUAAAUCAAUCUGCUUUUAACCAUCGCAAAAAGGGCUCUUUCGAUCGCACUUGGACCAUGACCACAGGCAUUCCUUCCAUCGUCAAUCGACCCGGAACUGCUACUGAGGCCACCGACGAAGAUUUGAUUAUGCAACAAAAGUACCUAGACCACACCACCAGCCCAAAUAUGUCCCCGCAUUUGGCAGAAAACCCCGAUGCGCUCGACCGAGGCUAUUUUUCUGGAGGCGAAAUAGAAACACGCAAGACUCGAAGAUUGCUACGGAAACGCGACUCGGCCAUGGGGAGUACCAGCCAUUCGAGACAGUCAAGUUUUGUUGACGAUCCUUCACCGCGGCCCCGGCACUCUCGGUUUGGUAGCACUGACUCGGUGUCGCGAAUCUCUGCUGCUGCAAAAGCUUAUCAUGCCGGUUCGCUAAAGGGUAGGGUGAAGAGCACCGGGAGUCAGAUAGGAGAUGUAGCACCUGGCCAUCCAAUUGUAACAAAUUUGGAAGGAAAAUCCAGUGGUGGCCCUUCAUUUUUCUCUCCGUUUGCUGGUCGAAGUGACAGCGAUAAUAAUGUUGGUCGAUCCUCGCCAAUGCCGUUCUCGCAGAUUCGCAAUGUUGGUCCGAAAUUCCGCCGUGCCGUUGGGUUACGCACAACAUCGGACAGUACGAAUGGAGUCGCCAACGGUACAGAAGGCUCCCCAAUAUCACCUAUCAAAGAUUUUGCUCCCGCUCCUGGUAUUGGGCGAACAGGCUCGACCACCCCCUCAGCUACAUCCAAGAGCUCUGAACGUCAUAGUACAGAUGGGUCAGGGAAAGCCAUCGAUGGGCCGUAUGUGCUUGGGCGAUCGAGAAUGUCGACCAAAGUUAACAGCAAGGCCAAGAAGGAGACCAGUGCUUAUACUCGCGGAUUGGAGAAGAAGAGCCCCCAGGAACAAAUGGCCGGGUGUGAUUACAGUGGUUGGAUGAAGAAACGUUCAGCAAACUUGAUGACUACCUGGAAGCCACGCUUGUUUGUCCUUCGAGGCCGCCGCCUAUCGUAUUACUAUUCCGAGAACGACACUGAAGAACGAGGACUGAUCGACAUUACCGCGCACCGCGUUCUUCGUGCCGAUAAUGAUCCCUUGACAACACUCCACGCAACAAUAACCGGAGCCAAAGCUUCUCCAACCUCACCGGAGUCCUCUAAAUCGCCCAUCGAUAAAGCCUUUGACGUCUCAAGUCUCGCCAAGCAAGCAGAGACUCCUUUCAUCUUCAAACUGAUUCCUCCAAAAACCGGCAUGUCACGAACGGUGCAGUUCACAAAGCCCACAGUACAUUACUUCCAGGUCGAUAACGUGAGGGAGGGUCGUCUCUGGAUGGCCGCUUUGAUGAAAGCAACAAUCGAUCGGGACUUGACUACGCCUGUGGAAACAACGAACAAACAGAAGACCGUCAGCCUGAAACAGGCACAAUUGAUGAACCAGCGACCUCCCGCCCUUAUGGAAAUCGAAAUGGUUCCCGCCCCAGAGGAGGUUAACGAAGAUGACAGCGGUCUGAAGAUCCAAGGGCUGAAUUUGGAAAGACCAGCUACGGAAGUCGAACCUGUCUUAGAUGAAGUGCCGGCUGAGGAGGUGCAAAACGCUCCACCGCAGCCGGAGCAGUUAGAGCAGUUAGAGCAGUCAGAGCAACCAGAGCGGCCAGAGCGGCCAGAAACCGCGGCCCUACCAGAGACUCUGGCUCAAUCGAUAUCAUAA